GGUCCAUCAAUUAUCAAGUCUACGUAGGUACGUAGCACAAACUGGUAUAAACUACCUAGGUAAACAUCGAGGUCGUAUCAUACAAUUACAGUGAAUAUCUGCAAUGGGCAGGUGUUGUGAAUGCAUGCAAGGCCAAUCGAUUAAUUGCCCAGCAUACCUACCUGCUGAUGGAACCUUGCCCAAACAUCAACCACAUCUAACAACCUUGAAACACAACAUUUCUCUUGCUGGCUGAAUCAUGGCAACUCCUAUCACUGGUUUCCGUUUGGUAAAUGGCAGCACCUUGCCAGCUAUUGGCCUAGGAACCUUUCAAGGCGAUGAUGGAAAUGAAAAAGUAAAGAGCAUCGUGAAGGCGGCGAUCCAGGCUGGAUAUCGUCAUAUCGAUGGCGCAACGGCGUAUGGCAAUGAAAAGGCUAUUGGAGAUGCUAUCAAAGAGUGCAGUAUCUCAAGAGAUGAGUUGUUUGUCACCACUAAACUAGCUCAAUCCUGGCAUGAGCCUAAAGACGUCGAGCGUGCGUUAGAUUUGAGUUUGAAAGCUCUGGGCUUGAAAUAUGUUGAUUUAUAUCUUAUGCAUUUCCCCCAUGCCUACCUUCCAGGCCCAAAUAACGGUACGAUCCGACAUCCCAGCGGCAACGGAAAGCCAGUAAUCGAUUAUGAACGAUCUCGCAAGUACACAGAAACUUGGCAAGCAAUGGAGAAGCUAGUGGAUAGUGGUAAGGCGAAAGCCAUCGGCUUAUCCAAUUUCAAUAUCCUCAAGACUAAACGGAUCUUGGAGGUUGCGAGAAUUCGUCCCGCGGUUAACCAAGUCGAGGCGUAUCCUUACUUUCCCCAGCACGAGCUGCUUGAGUUUUGCAAGAAAGAGCACAUCCAUCUCAUGGCCCACCAGCCGCUAGGAGGAAAACCUGUUGGAGUGGUGGCUCCUCAUGUCGAUAUCCCUGGACCUCUUUUUGAUACAAAGAUUGCUCAAAUUGCCGAUCAAACUAAUAUGACCCCGGCACAGGUCAUUCUAUCCUGGGCGGUCCAGCGUGGCACUUCGGUAAUUCCAAAGACUUCUAAUGAGAGCCGGCUCUCUGAGAAUCUCAGCAUUGCGCCAUUAAGUGAGGAGCACUUUGCGAUCAUUAAUGGUUUGGCGACAACCAUUGAGAGUGGACCUGUGAGAUAUUUAGACCCAAGCAAACAUUUGGGUUUUGAUAUUUUUGACGAGGAACUCGAUCAGCCGGUAGACAAUCAAGCUCCUUGGGAUUAAUGGUAGAAUCAUGACUGAAAAAUAGUAGAGAAGAUCCUCUACUAUCAGCGAGUGGUUGCAUGAGCUCGGUCUGGAAUUGGAGCUUAUGAAAGUUUUGGACUCUGGAGUGAAGGUGAUGACGACCGCGUGUUAAUUCAAAAGCCUAAGAAUUGAUGAGAUUCAACAAGGAGAGAACUAGAAGUAUCCGCACAUUGAUAUGAAGAGCCAAAUACAGUUAGACUUCCUCCCCACAAAUAAUCAUGAUUAAUCAUUCCCCUUCUUUGUUCUAGGCGUGUACAAUAUCCCCUCCUUUCCUCAACCGAAAGAGAGAGAUACUUUUUUUCGAGGAUUGGGUAGCUUAAGAGAUAUAGGAGUUUUUUAAGAGAUGAGAAGGAAUUUUAAGGUUUAGGAUAGAAGAGGACAAGAGAAGAAGGGGAGAUUGUAUAUACUUUUUGUUUUAUGAUUCAAAAAAUAGCACAUGAGGUAAACCC